AACUUUAAAAAUGUUUGGUACAGAAAUAUUUUCCGUUAAUUCGUGUCGUGGUAGAAGGAUAUGGAACGUCAGGAAUGUUUCAGGAUUGUUGCUGAUGUUGCUAUCCAUCAACUAUGCGGAAUCUCGACCGAAAGAGCCAUACUACGGUCGUCUAAUUGGCAGAUUUUCGGAGGCUGGACACAACGUCAAGGGUACAAUUUACGCCGUUGACGAUGAGAUUUUGUUCAUCAAGGGUUUCUCGUAUGACGGAACAGCUCCCGAUGCAUUUUUCUGGAUUGGUAAUACGCAAGUGCCCAGUCCGGAAGGCACUAUCGUUCCGUAUCCCGAGGAGUACGAAGGAAGAGAACCUCCCGUAUUGCAAGCGCACAACAACACCAACAUGAUCUUGCGACUCCCAAAGGGAAAGCGUAUUCGUGACAUUAAAUGGAUAUCCGUGUGGUGUCGACGAUUUACGGUGAACUUUGGCGAAGCCUUUAUCCCAGCAGGUGUUGAAGUACCGCGAUCACGUGUGUUGCCAGAAUUUAAACGACUUGCUCAUGGUUUGCGGUCCAGCAAUAUCACCGUUUUGGAUGCCCGAACAUUUUACAUCCCGAACUUGCAUUAUGAUGGCGCGGGUCCUGACGCAUAUUUCCUCGUGGGAAAUGGAUCGGAGCCGCAUGUGAUGGGCGUCAAAGUCCCGAAUGAGGCGGGUUCGUUAGAUCCGUUGCGCGGAUAUCAGGGAGAAGAUAUUGAGAUUCAAUUGCCGGCUCCGUUGACGGUUUACGACAUUGAAUGGCUUGCCGUUUAUUGCAUCCAGUAUCGACAUAAUUUUGGUCACGUCAUGAUUCCGAAGGAUUUGGAUGUUCCUCCGGCGUUGGGACAAACGAAAAAAGCGCCUUGGUGGUGGUGGAUUAAACCUUCCUCAACGACACCCAAACCAACAAUUACGAACUGCAAAGAGGUCAUCGACAACAAAUUGCAAGUCAAAUGGCACAUUCAAGGCGAAUAUGUCGUCAUCGAGCUCGCAGGUCGCAUCAUGGAAAACCAAUAUAUGGCAUUUGGUCUCUCGGGAAGCCCAGGACGCCCUCAAAUGGUUGGCGCAGAUGUUGUUGUCGCAUUUUACGACACCAAAGAGCGCGUUUUCAAGGCGGAGGAUUAUUACAUGUCGCACUUGUCGCAAUGCGAUGGCAAACAAGGUGUUUGUCCCGAUCAACGGAUUGGCGGAAGAAAUGACGUCAUUUUGGUGAGUGGGCGUCGUGAAAAUCAAGUGACUUACAUCACGUACAAGAGAUUGCUGCAAACCAAUGAGCCGAUUAACGAUUUGCCGAUUCACUUGGAUCGAGAGUUGAGCGUAAUUGCUGCUAUUGGUCCUUUGAAUUCGCGCAAUGAGGCGAACGCGCAUUCGCAUGACGGCAUGGAUGUCACUGUCGAAGAUAUUCGUAUCAAUUUCUCGUCAACGAACGAUCACUCAUGCGUGUCAAAUUUGGAAGGAUACAAACCCGAACCGGGUGUUAAACCAUGGCCAUCACGCACGAUAAAGGGAGAAAAGACAAUUACAGCGAAAAUUGGACCUACGGGCGGCAAACGAGGUUAUACACCGAUCACGGGACAUCCUUCAUGGGGCAUCGCUUGGUAUCUGAAUGACUUGCUGAUUCCCGAAUUAUAUGUCGUUCGUGGCGAAACUUAUACAUUUAUCGUCGAAGGAGGCAACGAUCCAACACAACCUGUUAAAUAUCAUCCAUUUUACAUCACGGCAUCAGCUGAGGGAGGCUACGGACAACAAUCUCAACAAAAACAGAGCGUAGAAACAGUUUUUGCUGGCGUCGAAAUGUCAGAGGGCUAUCCAAUGCCAACUGCAGCGGGUCGUUAUUGCGAAUGGGAACACAAGACGAUCGACAAAUCCGCCGAAAUUGAAACUUUUGAGGAAUACAUGAAAACUCUCAACCUAAAAUGCGAAGAAAAUGGCAAACCCGCAGUACUCAAUUGGACUGUUGAUGCCACGACACCCGAUUUAGUGUAUUACCAGUGUUACACGCAUAGAAAUCUCGGAUGGAAAAUCCACGUGAGAAACGCAACUACAAGUGCUGGCGUGAAAUCCAUGUUGAACAUCAGCACAAUCAUCACAACCUUUAUUCUGCUGUUAGGAGUGAACUCUAUGAUCUUCGGUGUGUGUACAAGAUCUCUCCCUAACUUCAAAUACGCCUGA